AUGUCGACCCCCUCAGCGUCGCGCAUUGUACUACUCGCUGCCCACUUCGCUGCCAGAUCAAACAUUGAUGGCUUGGCAGCGCUUGCGGCUCACUACACCAAGGUCCUAAGGCAGGACUUGCUACUACGAAUACUCCUUACAUGUCUACCUGAAACCCUACCUCCAAGUCAAUACGUUUCCCUCAUACAACGAGUCGUAUCGGGAAGCUUGGAAACAGAUAUCGAUCCGCGAGAGGUUGAUUGGUCUUCAGUACACGACAUUACCGAUGACGAGGCUGCUAAGAAAGUUCGCAAGCUACGAUUGCUUCCCCUUGCUUGGGAUGACACCCCCAAACCCAAACUACAAGAUACUGUGACUCUUUUUUUGAUCCGUCGUGCGCACCGCGUUGACGAAGAAGCCGGCCUGCUGACCCAACUACCCGACUUAAUUGUACCGUUCCUCGACCAUGCGCCCUCCAUUCGAACAUGGAUGGUUUCUGUUCUUCUCCCUCUCCUUCGGCGAAAUCACGAAUACUACCCACAUCACCCUAUCGCUCAAACCCUGUCUUCAUUCGACCGUAUGAACGAUCGAGCCGCCGUAGAUUUACUACUAUCACAAACUGGCAUUCGUCAAGAGGACCUGCCACAUGUCGGAAGAGAUCUUCGUGGACUAAUAGGGCCAUGGCUAUAUAAUGACGCAAGGUGGGUUCGUGGCGAUGAAAAUGGACAGUCUUUGGACGCUGGUCAGUUCCUGACUACCACCUGCCCUGGGUGGGAACGGGUCCUCGAGUGGAUUACAACGCAAGCUUCAAAAUCGUGGAGAGUUGCCGUAAAAGCUAUUGGCCAAUGGGAUGGCCCAGGGGACGUCGACUUGGGUGGUUACUCUUCUAUAUGGCUACAAGACCACGAGCAAGAGUAUCUGGAACAGAGGUAUGCUCGAGCUGCGCUGGCCUCGGCAUAUCUAGUCCCAGAGGCAUCAAUCGAAGCUUUAACGGGCAUCAAUAGCAUUAUUACAAAAAUUAUGGCACUGCUAGACCAAGAUCCCUGCCCGACGUUACAAGUUGCUUCAUCCCUGCUCCCACCAUUCACUGAUCCAAAUGGAGAGGAUAUUCUCUGCGCCAAGAACGCCACCUAUAUGCGCAAUAACCUACUCGCCGAGUCGAAUAUACUCACUGCUCCAAACGAGACCUCUACGCAGCUUUUGCACACUUUGACUCUCAGCGCUUUUAUUCUAGCAAAAGCAGGGGUCCCAUGCACGAUUAGAAGAGCUGGAGAGUUAGCCUUUCUACAAGAUGAACGAGAGCAGAAGGUCGAGGUCACGAAAUUUAUCCAUUCGCUCGGUGGUAAUGGACCUAAAAGCGAUGAUAAAUACUGGAUCAGGGCAAGAAACGAACUCUUAUGGCUUCGAGAUUGGGGUGCGGAAGAGGCUAGCGAUUCUCCCGACGUUCGAAUUCAAGGGGUUUUCGGUCAACUCGAAAAGGAAUUCCUUGAAGUUGAAUGUCUCAAAGCAUUUUUAAGCAAUACCCGUUAUUCUCUGGCAAGAUCCAUAUAUGAGGACGCACCUGAAAAGCCUUUAGACAGUAAUGUUCUAAGGGAUACUAUUAUAUCGUCGGCAAUGAAUGCCUAUGAUAACGCCUCCAACCCUCAUCGCGGACGCGGCGGUCUUCUCAGAUGCGAUGAUAUAAUACACGCAUUUCCCAAGACCUUAGGGGAGGCGCACCCGGCAUCUAUAAGAAUCGAAGCGCUCUUGAAGGCCACACAUGCGCUCAGUGAAUACCGUCUUAUCCUCAAAAAAGGAGAGCCGUUCACGCCAGUAGUGCUACGGGUCCACAACGAUCCCAUUUCCAUCGUUGAGAAAGUGUUAGAGCAGAAUCCCAAGAGCUACACUCAAAUACAGGAUUUUCUCGAAAUUGGGUCCAAUAUGGUGGAUGCCGGCCUGCUGACCCGUCCCAAGGUUGAUGGAUCGCAAUCAGUGGUAGAUCAAGCAUGGCAAAGAUCUAUAGUUGAAAAGCGAAUCACGGCUAUGAGUGUAGAUGCUGCCCUCACAGAGGAUGAUUUCGAGACGGCAUAUUCUUAUGUUGUCAACCGCCUCGCUUCGGAUACUGAUGCACCCCCGGCAACAAAAGAGGAUGGGGUUGUGCCAAAUGGCAUCUUCUCGAGAUCUAACAUAGCUCUCGUGACGGAUGACUACUCGUGGAAAGCUGCGUUACAAGCGGGUAAGUACCGUCGUACAGCACGCACCGUAAAACCUACGCACAUCGGAACCGCUAGUGGAAAUCUCGAUAUCCGACACCUCGAGCAACGAAUAGAGUGCUUGGCAACGGCACUUCGUAUUGCGCCGACCGCAACACUUCAAGAGAUCCUGAACGUCUUCCGUAAAUGUGAGGAGGAGUUGAAUGCUGCUGUGAAAGCGGAAGAAGAGCAGGAGUCAGCUUGGGAUGACCAGGGCGACCUACAAGUCAUGCCAGGUGCAUUUAGCAGUACUGUGCCAGCCGGUGUUAUAAGGGCCACAACAACAAAGUCUUCUCGACACGUUGAAGAAGCCCCAAUGUCGCUCUUCGAUCUAUCGCGAGCGAGUAUUACCAGAGCGCAACGAAACCUCACAGCGUUGUCUAGUUUGCAGCGUAGCGAAAAUGCAAGGUCGGACGAGAAUAGCAGCCAAGGAGGGGAUGGAUCGAAUCACCAGAGAGUGCGUAAGAGAGAUCAAUUAAGAGAGGCCGCAGUCGGGACUUUGGCGUCGGGGGUUGGGUGGCUAAUUGGAGCACAGCCUAUUGAUAGGAGUGGUGAGAGGAGUUAG